AUGAGUCAAUUCCCUCUCUCAAUUCUCAAAACCUCUCAACCUCACCAUCAGCCCAAAUCCAUGAACGCACCACGAUCAUCGGAUGCAAGAGGCAAACGUAUCCUCAUCGAUCCAAUCGACGACCGGAUCAGUAAACUCCCCGACGAUGUGUUGGUCAUGAUCCUAGCAAGUUUGUCCACUGAAGAUGCUUUGAAGACAAGUGUGUUGUCUACACGAUGGAAGAAUGUAUGGAAACAAGUGCCUUACCUCCACUUCGAUUUGCUAAGUGCUACAUACGAGAGUGGACUUAUCGCUGCUCUUUCCAAUAGUGUUGCGGAAUCGAUAACCCAGGUUAUAAACAAUCACAAUGGUCAUUUGAUGGGUUGCUCAAUCCAUCAUUUCGCACACCAUUGUGUAAACGGUGUGCUUGAAAAUUGGAUUCGAUUGCUUACUCUUGAGAAAAAUACUAGAUUUCUCUCACUUUGUAACAAACUUGGUAAAGGUAGGAGAACCAAUGUGCUUCGGUUUUCCCCUAACACUUUCUCGCAUCCAAAGCUCGCAACCCUCUUCCUACGUCGAUACGAUUUAGUAACCGCACAUGCCUUCAAGGAGUGUGAAAAUCUGAAGAUUCUCAAGCUUGAGGGAAUCUUAGCUGAAGUUGAUGUGUUCAACACAGUUAUUGCAUCAUGUCCUUCUCUCAAGGUGCUGGUGCUAAAUUGCAUGUGGUACAACGAAAAGACCUGCCUGAAGAUUCAUAAUAAUAAUCUGAAGGUCUUGCAUUUGGAUUGCCCUCAUGUUGAUUGCAUUGACGUGUCUGCAGCUCUUCUGGAUAUUUUCUCCAUUUUCUACUUUGCGUUUGCUAAGGAACAAAACUUUGUCAUCAAGGCACCAAGACUUUUGUUUAAUAAUUGGACUAAAGAUCUAGAGAAAGUGCCAAACAUGAACUACAAUAUUACAUCUCAUGCUCAGGAGAAAAAAAAUAUUGGACAUGAGUUCGUGGUGAGUGGAGAUGCUAGCUACUUGCAAAAGCUUAAGUCUUUGAAGGUGGUCGUGGAUGUAACAAAUUCGAGAGAAGUCCACAUGCUAAGGGACAUUUUAGUUGCUUGGAAUGGAGUAUUGGAAGAGCUCCAUAUACUAUUUAAGGAUAACAAUGUCCCUAACUCUAAGGAAGAUAGUGAAUCUUCGAUUGGUGGAACACAAAAGAAAAAGUGGGAGGAGGCAAAUCUGUUUCCCAAUGCUGAUUUUCGUGUGGAAGUUAUGUGGAUGUUUGAUUUCAACGGUUCAAAUAAAAAACAAUUUGCAUUAGCUUCGCGUUUUGUAACGCAAGGGACGGUAAUGAAGAAGAUGAUGAUUAAAACGUCUUCAUUUUUUGCAAAUGAGAAGUUGGAUAACGAAGCGGUUGUGGCCAAACUAAAGGAACUUCCAAAGGGUAAUGAGAAUCUUAGUAUUGAAUGCUUCUGAUGGAAUUUGGUUAGAAUCUAGUAGAAAAUAAUAUUUCUAGCCCUAUGUGACAUUGAUUGUGGUGAAAAAAAACAAAUUUCAAAACAUAAUCUUGUAGUUUUCUUCUCCCUUUUAUAUUGAUGAUUUUUCUUUAUGACAAUUAAUCUUUAGUUUAAUAUUGAAUGUUUUUAAAUUUAAAUGACAAAAAAUACCAUUUUAUUGCAA